CAACUGGAUGGAGCCAUGGCUCCCAUGUUCCUGCUGCUGCUGCUGCUGCUGUGGCUCCAGAGCCAUGUCUCAGGUGCCCCUGCCGAGAACGUGUACACAAAAGUAAAGCACUUUGAAGGGGAGACCUUGUCUGUGCAGUGUUCCUACAAGAGCCGCAAAAACCACGUGGAGGGCAGAGUAUGGUGCAAAAUCAGGAAGAAGAAGUGUGAGCCUGGAUUCACCCGGGUCUGGGCGCAGGGGCCGCGCUACGUGCUACAGGAUGACACCAAGGCCAAGGUGGUCAAGAUCACCAUGGCAGCCCUCAGGCGCCAGGACUCUGGCCGCUACUGGUGCAUGCGCAACAGCUCUGGGACCCUGUACCCAAUGAUGGGCUUCCAGCUGGAAGUGUCUCCAGCUUCUACCACCAAGAGAAGCACUCCUCUUGCACAUCUGGCCAGUAUCCUCAAGAGUGGAAUUGUUGUCACAUCGGGCCCAACCCCUACCUCAGGCCCUGAUGCCCCAUUCACCACCAGCAUGACAAUGUUCACACCUGAUCUCCUCACCUUGACCAGACUCGUGUCCCCCACUGCCUCAGAGUCCAUCAGACUGACCUCCGUGACAGACUACAGCUUCACCAGCACUGGCCCUUCUACCGCGGGGCCCAGGAGGACCAUGGGGUCCCAGACAGUGACUGUGUCUCCCAGCGAUGCCAGAGCCUCCUCUGCUGGCCCAGCAUCCAUAUCCACCAGGGCUGGGCACCUGCGCACCGGAUCACCCACCACAGAAGUGUGCCAUACCAGCGGGGCUCUCCUCAACAAGUUAUCCCCUAUCAGGCACCAGGAUUCACAUCCCACUGUGUACCUGGGAAUACUGAUCUUCCUCCUAGUGUCUGUGAUGUUGAUCGUGGUCUAUGGGUUCUGGAAGAAGAGACACAUGGGAAGCUACAGGGUGUGCAAUGAUCCCACUAGACCCUGGAGGGACCCACUUGGAAGACCAGAGCCUCCGUGGAAGCCUGUGUGAUCUGAGGCCACUUAACUGUGGAGUGGGGGAACUCUUCCUGGAGGGGCCUUUGGAGACC